CAUGACGUGAUCCGGUCUACGCUGUUCCUUGUUUGGGUUUUAUGGUGCCGUGAAAUGACUCAAUGUCCUCCUGUACCGUGCCCUUCUCCGGUAUUCUAUGAUUCAUCUCUGGAACUUCCCUGCGGGUUUUUAGGAGUGUUUAUGAUGAGAACUAACAAUCAUUUACAUAAAGUAAAAAGUGAAAGUAAAAGUAGCCAGGCUGCUACUGCCGUCUCUGUUCCUGCUGCUCCGUUCUGAAAGCAAAAGCCUGCAGCUGAUCCAAAGAAGCAUGGACUUCAGCCUGGAGACUGGGUUAUGGUAGAAAAAAAAAAACAGAACCCCAAGAACUCAUCUUCUCAAGUGGAAAGAGCCACACCAAAUGCCCAUUGUCACAUCCACUGUGUCCAAGCUUGCUAGCAAAGGUCCCUGGACAAAUGGUAUCCGCCAAAAGUGAUUGUGGUGGAGCCAAAGGACAACCCCUAUGCCCUUCAAGAGUUACCCCACCAAACUUAGGAGCAUUAGAAAAAACCGCUCUGUGCAACUAGCUCACCACAACAUUUGUAGAGAAGUUUCGUGGAUAUGUAUCAAUAUAAAAUCAAGAGGCUGCAUCACCCUCUAUAUAUUUAACUCAGAAUAAAUAGUAGUUCCAAAGUAGUCCCCCAGCUGUUCAAUGGGACAUGUAUCCAAUCAGAGGGAAGAGGAGGAAGACAUCAUUAGACAUUAAGCCGGAAGAGAUCACUGGACUAGAUCCCAUACAAGAAGAAAUAGCUUUACAAAAAUUGGAACUUUGCACUGAGAAUACUUUUAGAACAGUUACCUUGCCCAGUGAGGUCACACUGUAUAGUGAAAAUCUGGUGCCAUUAAAUGCCAAUAGCUACAAUAUCCACUAUAUCCACCUAGACGAUGACAUAGAUAUCUGUUCAAACUUUUUGAUUGGUCGAUGCUUUCAGGGUCUUUUGUGCCCAAAGCACCACACUGCGUGGCCCUAUGUAUGGCAGCUGAGGUAUAAAGCCACAGUGGUUUGGUUUGACAUUGACCUAGGAGCUCAACUGGUCCUGGAGAGGCUAUACAGUGACCCAGCUACGGGCCAAGUCACCGGAUUCCACCAUGGUUCUAAAAUACCAAUUGACCUCACCACGAUGUCCAUCCAAAACAGCCUAGUGUUUGAUCGUGUCCGACGUCUCUCUACCUCAACCUGUCCCACCACCGAGUUCCACACUGACUACAAAUAUUACUAUGAAGAAGGAGAGAACAAAUGGGCGGAAUAUAGUCCGGACUUUGUGAAAUGCAUAGAAGAAGGCCUCCGGGAGCAUCAUGAAGAGGUCUUAUGCAAAAUUGGCCAGUUUAGUUAUUCCCUUCACCUGGUCAACAUGGUGCAAACUAACAUGGAUACCGAGACCAAGAGGAGGAUGAGGAAACGGCCAGUGCUCCAAUCUCCCAUUGUAAUGGUUCAUAAGCUGCGAGACCUAUAUAAUUCACUCUGUCCUCGGAAUUCGCUGGAAACGUUUAGAAGCCAUCCUGAUAAAGAUGAUGAUUACCCCAAGACCUGGAUCAUUACCAAUCAAAACCUUAUCUACGAAAAGUGCCUUGUAGCCCACACAGAUAGCGAGUACGCACACAUCUACACCUACUUCCACAAGACCAUGGCAGAAUCCAAGUACGUCAUCCUGGAGGUCUUCCGAAUACAGAACUACUUCCAGUGGAGAAAAUACUCACAGAAGAAAAAAUUCAUGCAAAGCAUGCUUAAAGAAACCAAAGACGGUUGCUUGGAGCGCUACCUGUUCCACGGCACAAAAUCAAACCACAUAGAGGCCAUUUUUAAACUGAACUUUGAUCCACGUGUGUCAGGCACGAAUGCAACGGCUUACGGUAAAGGGAGCUACUUUGCCAAGGAUGCCAGUUACUCUCACAGUUAUGCUCCCCCCUCCCCCGAAGGUCACCACUUUAUGUUUCUUGCCAAGGUAUUGGUGGGACGUACAACAUUGGGUAAUAACUCUUACACCCGACCACCACUGUUAAAUGAAGAGUGUGCUUCAAGCCUUCUCUAUGACUCGUGCGUGAACAAAACUAUAGACCCAACAAUAUUCAUUAUUUUCGACAAUGACCAGUUCUACCCAUAUUUUAUCAUUAAAUACCAGAAGUUGCAAGAUAUAGUCCUUCUGGAUUAAAGAAGACCUUUACAUGAAUACCUGUACUCAGAGGCGGCUCUAGGCUUUGUGAGGCCUUAGGCAAAAUUUAGACACAAGGCUCCACUCACGCCCAUAAUGGACAAAGUUUCCGCCACCUGGCCCGACUCCUGACCCGAAUAGGCAGCCAGCCAGAAGCGGAGAGGCCAGGUGAGUGGUGCCGGCUGAAGGAGCAGCUCAGCUGCUUUAGGGCCUCACAUGGACUUGUGGCCCGCCCGGUGUGCCCUAUGGCUGCCCGCACAGCUUUUAUAGAUGGCACCUGGAGACUGUUGGUCAGUCCAGUGAUCGAGCAGAGGCGAAUUAGGUGGCCGCGAAGCCCCUGUGAGUGUGAGGGCUUAGGCGGCCGCCCAAUUUGCCUAAUUAGAGAGCCGCCUCUGCCUGUACUUAUUUUCUGUACACUCAAACAUAGUGAUUUACAGGACUUGGCUCAUCAACUUUUAUGGAAGAGAUGUGGAAAUGUGUACAGUUUGAGGUUUUAUCUAAGACAGACUGAUUCUUACCUUUGAUGGAUGAGCUGUAGUAUGAGUAAAACCUAAAGUAUUGUCUGAAAAACUUUGAAAAUCACCAGCACUAUAGGUAACUCUUUAAUUAUGAAAAUGACCAGGGGUACCAAUAUUUUAUUGUCGAAUAUCUAAAAGUGCAAAACGUGUUUUUGGAACGAUAACUGUAAUUACUUAUUUUCUUUCCAUUUACAAACUGUGGUUUACGGCAGUGGUUCUCAACCUCAGUCCUCAAGUACCC